GAAGCCGACCAGACCCAUACACAAAUUUCAGUCCCGUGGCUGCGGCAAUGGCAUGCAUCUCCAUGUGAAUUGCGAGUGCAUGUAUUUCCAUAAUGUCUUAAUCUUAACAAUCCAUCUUAUUUCUCUUGUUGUUUCUUUUUUCUACCACCAAACUGACAAGAACGAAAUGAACACAGGAAAGUUAAAAAGGUUCCUAAUUGACUUGGUGGUAGUAUUAGGCGUAGCGGCCUUGAUUUUCGCCAACAAUGCCACAAGGCCCGAGAAGCCUGAGGAUAUCAGGUUGAACGACAGGGGUGAGUGCGUGUACCCUAUGAGCCUGUCUUUGGUGGUGGGUUUGGCCGAGCUGGCUGUCCUUGUGGGCUGCGUCUCGUAUUUCACCUUCCGACACGGAUGCUGCUGGGUGCGCCGCGACGGCGUCUCUGAUUUGAGCUUCGCGCUGGGCAUCUUCUUCGCCAUCCUCGCAUGGUUAUUGGCGUUGUGGGCGGCACGACUAUAUCUCGUCGAUGUGGCGGCGAUCUGGCCGGGGAGGCGUGGUAAACCCCCGGAGUGUUACACCUCUCUUAAGACGGAUCACCAUCACCUUAUGGAGAAAGCAUUCGGACCCUUCAUCUUUGCCAUCGCCUUUGCAAUCGGCUCCUACAAGAAACUUUCCCCUCCUCCUGUACAAACCUAGCUAGCUAGCGUACGAUCUCCCCAACAUUCCAUGUGAGCACAUUAUAUUGGAGGCUCCUUUUUUCCUGGUUUGAUUAUUUUGUUAACUCACAUUCACAUAUCAUGAUUAGAGUCGGAUUUCUACAAUGCAUGUGGGAAGCUUCAAGCA